GCUGCUUCCAAUGAGAAACUCCAGAGGCCGCUCUGCCCUUCGGUAGCAAGCCGAUGCUGCACCGCACCAUCAACAGGCAUGAAACAAGGGGGAAAGUUGGGGGGCUGCUGCCGCCUCCUGCUUAGCCUCGCGCUGUGGCUCUCCCACCCGGCAGAAACCCUGGAAGUGAAGAUGAAAAGUCAUAAGACAGAAUUCUUGCAUGCAGAUGUGGUGCUCCCAUGCCGUAUCUCUGGGUACCUGACACCUGAACUGAAUCUUAAUGAAACAGAGGUCAUGUGGUAUUUGGUGCCUUAUGGAGGAAAUCAGAAAAUGAAAGUAUACUCAGUUGUUGCUGGAGAGCAUUCUUCAUUUAGAAAUGGAUCACGUCUGGAUGGAAACAUGCUGAGAAAAGGCAAUGCAGAACUCUUUCUUCCACAAAUACAGUUUAGUGAAAGGGGAACCUACACCUGCUCUGUGGCUGUUACAGGAGUUAGAGCUGAAGAUAUCACCACUUUAGAAAUAGUUGUUCAACCUACUGUCAGUUUGUUUCCCAAGGAAGUUACAGUAGAAAGGGGCAAGGAGAAAAUACUGUCAUGUAAAGUGAAUAAAUUCUACCCUGAAGUGAUUGACAUUAAAUGGGAAAAGAAUUCCAAGCAUACUUCAGAUAAAAUGAUAUCUCCAGAAGAUAUUCACAGAGUGGCCCCUGUGGAAAAUAGAGACGGCACUUUCAAUGCCACCAGUAACCUGAGGCUGCAGCCAACUUUACAAGAUGAUGGAAGUGUCUAUAUUUGUAUUGUGAAACACAGUUCUUUUCCCAGACAUUCAUCCUUGAAUGUCACGUUGAAGGUGACAGAGCCUGAAAAGAAUUUAACCUGGCUGAUUGGUGUAGGUAUAGCAAUCAUAAUUAUUGUAAUACCAUGCUAUGUUUACAAGGAAUAUUUUAAGACACGUCCACCAAAAAUCUUAAUUACUGGAAAUACAGUUUUGAACCAUUUAAAAGAAACACAGUUACAAUGCUCGUUUUCUGACUUCCGUCCAAAGCCAUUGAUCAUCACUUUUUUCUUAAGCACUGGGGACACAAAAAAGAAAAUCUUCUCUUGGAACACUAACUCAGUAGGUGAUUCUGAGCUAGGCAAUGAAAACAUUCCUCUCAUUGAGCCCCAAAACAGUAUGUUUAGAUUUGAACCAAAUCUGGAAAAAAAGAAAAAAAGGACUUUUGACGUUUCAUGCAAAAUCUUCAUAGUUCCAGAUGCAGUGAAGCUGCACAGCUUUGAGCUUUCUGUUCAAGUUACACACCAAUCCUCUCAGCACAGUUCGCCUACUGAAAAAUCAUUUAAAGUCAUAGCACUACCAGUACUGGAUCAAAUCCAGUGCUCCACAGAUGUGCCAAGAACAGAUGAGUCUGUUAUUCUUAGCUGCAGAAUUUCCCUUUUUUUCCCAAGAACAAUCCAAGUUCGUUGGUACAAAGAAGAAGAGCUAUUUUCAGGCAAUAUAACUGUAAGUAAGCCCACAGAAGAUCUAAGUGGGCUUUUCUUCUGCACAAGCUCUAUAACAUAUCGUCCUGAAGUGGCAGAUAUAGGAAAGAGAUUCACCUGUAGGACUAAACUUGAAGGCUCACAAGAGUACAUAAUAUCUUCUUGGGAGAUGAAAACCCCAGUAACUGUUCCAAAAGUCUCCCAAAUACAUUGUGAUCCCGUUGUGCCACUGUGUGGAAAAUCCAUCACACUGUCUUGUUUGCUAACGGAUUUCUACCCGGCUAACUGUGAUAUUUGUUGGAGAAAAAACUUUAAAGAACUCACUUAUGCUACAGUAGUGACAGAGGACCCUCAGCUGGAUUCAGAGUCAAAUUUGUACUACAGGAAAACUCAAGUGUCCUUUAUACCUACUCCAGAAGACCAUGCGGUGGACUUUUUUGUUGAAAUCAACCAUUGCAACAAAGCUGUAAGACAGAAAUAUCCACUCAUGUUAAAAGGUUUUCCCAAAAUAGCUGGUAUUUUUCUUGAACCAAGUGAUGCAGAAUAUGGAAGUAUGAUGUCCUUAAUGUGUACAGUCACAGAUUUCUAUCCUGAAGACAUUUCAGUUAAAUGGUAUAAUGGAGAGGAAUGUGUAACAGAUCAUGUGCUCACAGAGGGGCCAUCAAAAGAUUCCAAUGGUUGUUUCAGAUUAUCUUCUGUUUUCAAGUUGACCCCUACAGCAUUGGAUUAUGAUAAGCCCAAAUUUUUCCGGGUAUUCCAUGAGACCCUCAGAAAUUCCAUUGAAAAAAUUGUCUAUCUAAAGCUUCCAGCAAAAUCUCCUGUUGUGUCUGACAUAAGACCAAGCCAAGAAGAGGGUAGCACGAGCAUUCGAUUUGAAAUAUCCUUAUCUGACUUUGCACCACCUGAUAUAAAAGUGGAAUGGUUCAAAGGCUGGAAAAGAAUAAGUGAUGACAACAAUCCCAAGGAUAUUCAGAUUGGGGAAAACCAGCUAUGUUGUUUUACAAGCAGCAUAGAAUUAAAAAUUGAAAAAGAAUUAAAAGCAGAAGACUUUAAGACCAUCCGAUGUGAGGUUUCUCAUCCUGCAACACAGACAUUACAAGAAAAAUGUUUUCUAUUGAAAGUCAAAGGUUUUGUGCUCACCAGUGAUGCAAUGCAAUGAAGAAGGAAUGUGUUGCCAGUGUUGUGUACAUGGGAAAGUAUUUGGAGUCCAUUUUCUGUUUUGAAGGAAUAUAUUCAAUUAGAUGGAUCUGGUUUUAUUUUACAUGUGGUUACUAAAGCAGAAUUGUAUGAAAAAAAAGAAUGUGAAGUCAGAUGUCAAGCGAAGAUUGGAAGAAACUUCUAUUUUAGAACUGGGAUCAACAACACUUUAUAAAGACAGUGAAUGUACAAAACAAUGGUGGGAAGACUUCACUGCCUGGUGCUUUCAUAUAUCCCUUGCUUGUUUCACAGAAACAUAGACUUCUGAGCCCAAUGUAAAGUUCAGCUCUAAAGCCUUAAAUGUCUUAGGCCCAGUUUUUGAAAGAAUGGCCUUCUCUCUGAGGUCCUCAGCAGACACCACCCUAUUUUCCUACUGCCAAGACCAGUUAUGAAUAAGGAGUAGAAGGGAGAUGGCCUUCUUCCUGGUGGCCCCAGAUCUCAGCCUUGUCUGAACUGAGCUUCAUUUUGUUGGCCCUCAUACAGUCCAUUAUCUUAGCCAGAUGCCGGUUUAGCACAUCCACAGCCUCACCUGCCAAUGAUGAAAAGGAGAAAUAGAGCUGCAUCUCAUCCACAUACUGGUGGCAGUGCCCCCCCCAGACUCUGGGUAGCCCCACUCAGCAGUAUCAUGUAGAUGUUAAAAAGCAUGAGGGACAGAAAAGACCCCUGGAGAUUCCAUGCAGCUGAUCAAUAUUUCCCAAGCACCACCUUCUGGAGACAGGCCUCCAAGUAGGAGUGGGACUACUGGGCUGCAGGACCCCCACUCCCAGCUCAGAGUUGUCCCAAGAGCAUGCCAUGUUGGAUGGCAUCAAAAGCUGCCGAGAGCCUCAGGAGCAUCAGCAGGCAUACCUCUCUGUCUCUCUGCCACCAUGGGUCAUCGUAUAGGGCAGUGGUGGCGAACCUAUGGCAUGCGUGCUGCAGUGGGCAUGCAGAGCCCUCUCUGUCGGCACGCGAGCCAAGUUGUCCCAGCAUCGCCCCAGCAGCCGAGCAUCGGAUAACAGCGCACACGGGGGCCAUGCGCCUGUUCAGAAAGGAGUGGUGGCACCAGGUGAUGACGUCACAAGCUGCGACUCAUUAGCUGCGACUCGUCCGAGCUUUCGCAUGGCCAGUCAGUAUGCUGCCAAAGAGAUAUAUAUAUAU